AUGGAAGCAACCAAGAGAAAAGCUUUCGUGGCAGUAGUUAACGAGACGACGUCACCGCUCUUCGCCGUUUCAGUUAUUCACAGGCACGGCAAUACAUGCAAACAUCGCCAAGAAUGGGCGUCAGUCCCUGCAGGAGAACGCGCCGAGCCGAACAUGACAGUUGACUUCCACCCCGACUGUGCUGCUGCCGCUAAAGACUGGUGGUUCAUUUCCUGGUACAACAACGAACUGGAUACUCUCUGUUCAGCCAUCAUUCAGGGCCUUUCACCAACAGUGGCAGGUCUAAUUGCCACCAAGAGUGAAUUCGAUAUCCCCGACGAAAGCUUCACUCUCAGAGACCUGGCGAGGGUUACGACAGACGUUCUGUUUGAAUCAAGUAGUACCGUAGAGUUCAAAGAGCAUACUUUGCGGGAAGAGGAUUCAGGUAGCUUGUUUCAGAUCGUUAUCAACUGCGACAACUCCGUCACAUUUAUGUCGACAUCGGAAGUCUCCAAAACUCCUGUCAGAAGGCUUGUUAAAGCCAGCGUGGUGAAACAGGCCGAAGGAUAA